AUCUCAGUGUCGUCAUGGACGCCAACGCGUGCGUAUCGACGUGUUCGCGUCAGUCCGCACUCGCGCCUCUUGUGACCUGUUCGCAAAGAAGUGUACGGUUCUUCAGUGAAAAGAUCAAUUAAACGAAAUUUGUUGUUUUACGAGGAAUUUAUACGGAAAGAAGGACGAACGUCAUCGCUAAUUGGACGUUGUUAACCAUCGGAGCUAACACUUAGGAGUCUCAAGACUAAUGUUAUAAAACAUGUACUUAAAGAAAUCCUAAAAUAAAGUUUCAGUGAUAUUUAGUGACACAUUAAUAAAUAACAUUAAAUCAAUAAUCUGUACAUAAUAAUUCGUAUUAGUGGCUGGCUCAAGUUAUGAUCUCAAGUUAUUAAGAUAUUUAAAAGAAAUAGUUAAAAAUAUAUCCCCUCAGUGUUACAAAUCUAUUAUUAGUGCUACUUAUUAAUAAUAUCAUUGAAUUUGUGUGUUGAUUAGUAACGAAAAUAACAGAACAUGUUUAUUAUUAAAUUUAAAAUGUUUUAUUAAAUAGUGAUAUUGUUGAUGUUGUGGUUAGAUGAGUGACAUAAUGGAAAAAGUAUGUUAUAAAAAGUGUUUUCGGUGUGUUUCGCAAUGAGGGCCAUACGAAACUAUUGGCUGGAAACAGCCACUAUCUUGCUGGUUAUCAUUAAAUUUACGGCUGCUUACAACGGUAUCGAGGAGUCUUCAGGAGCUAAUGAACUGGAUAGACCAAUACCCAUGGAAGAUGUUCAAGGAGUAUUGGGGAAAAAGAAAGGAUUACCAUGUGACAUAACCCCCAGGGACAGAGAUGAUGCAGUUGCCAUGGUUUUAUGGUUUAAGGAAACGAUAUUGGAACCGUUGUACAGUUUCGAUGUUCGAGGUCGUCAAUUCAAUCAAGCCAAAUUAUGGUCAGCACCUAAUAUUUUUGGUAAUCGAGCGUUCUUCCGUGCAACAACGAGUCCUGCUUCCCUGGCUAUUGAUAACAUUCAACUCACAGAUGAAGGAAUCUAUAGGUGUCGAGUGGAUUUUAAGAACUCGCCAACAAGGAAUAGCAAAGUGAACUUUACAGUAAUCGUACCUCCGGAAAGGCCAGUAAUUUACGACGGCAAGAGAAGAGACAGGACUACAUUAUUAGAACCUUAUAAUGAAGGCAGUGACGUCAACUUAAUUUGCGAAGUUAGCGGAGGACGUCCCCGACCGAGAGUACUCUGGUUCUUAGAAAAUCGUGUUAUAGAUGAUUCGUAUGAGAUGAGGCCAGAUGGGGUUGUGGUUAACCAUCUAACGUUCCCAAACGUAGGAAGGCAGCAUCUAAAUGAAAGACUGAUUUGCCAGGCCAGUAACACAAACCUGGUUCCCCCAGCGACAAAACUAGUAGUACUUAACAUAAACCUGAAACCCCAAACCGUGGACAUUUUAACCAAAGAGAAACAUGUAUCAGCUGACAAAAGAUAUGAAGUCGAAUGCAGAACAUCCGGAUCACGUCCGGAAGCUAUCAUAACAUGGUGGAAGGGAAGCCGGCCAGUAAAAAAACUAGCAAAAAAUUUCUCGGAACAGAACAACCAGAGCUUGAGCAUCUUGACGUUCGAGCCGGUGGUGGAGGACGACGGCAAGUACUUGACCUGCAGAGCAGAGAACCCGUCCAUUCCUGAUAGUGCCCUAGAGGAUAAGUGGAGACUCAAUGUCCACUAUGUGCCAAUUGUAACUUUGAAAAUGGGAUCUAGUCUUAAUCCGGAAGAUAUUAAGGAAGGAGACGACGUUUACUUCGAAUGCAAUAUCAGAGCGAAUCCCAAGGCCUACAAGCUUUCUUGGUACCAUAACGGUAAUGAGAUUCACCACAACGUGUCAGUUGGAGUUAUCCUCAGCGACCAAAGUUUAGUUCUGCAGAGCGUUACGAGAGCAACAGCUGGCGACUUCACUUGCAUUGCGACGAACGUGGAAGGAAAAGGCAGCAGCAACCCCGUGACCCUUACAGUGAGGUACGCGCCAGUUUGUAUUCAAGAGAAAGAUGAACUCUACGGAGCCCUGAAACAAGAAACGGUUACCUUAAAGUGCCAGGUAGAUGCUAAUCCUGCUUUGGUCACCUUCCACUGGACCUUCAAUAAUUCUGGUGACCUAACCGAGGUUCCGGUGUCCAGAUUUACCAACGAACUUUCCACGUCGAGGCUCAAUUACACCCCCGUUUCGGAAAUGGAUUAUGGGACGCUGUCCUGCUGGGGUCGCAACGAAGUCGGUCAGCAGAAAGCUCCCUGUGUCUUCCAAGUGGUGGCGGCAGGAAAACCAUUUCCACUGUUAAACUGCUCUAUGAUGAACCAAACCUCCGAUUCCCUUCAAGUAGAAUGCACAGAAAACUUCGAUGGAGGUCUUCCCCAGGGAUUCUUGAUGGAAGUUCUGGAAUUACCAUCGCUACGUUCCAGUUUGAACGUGACUACAGAUAGAACACCACCGCACUUUUACGCAGAUGGCUUAGAACCUGGAGCAAGCUACAGGAUAAUGCUGUAUUCCGUAAACGCAAAAGGCAGGAGUGAUCCCGCCAUCUUAGAUGCCGUAACUUUCAAGGGUGUCGCCAAGUAUACAGUUCACAAUUGGCAGAGCUCAGAUAGUACAACUGCCAGUAUGCCUGUUAGCCCACUAAUUCUUGGUCUUUUGGGAACUGCGGGUGUCUUGGGUGCAACUGUCUGUUUAGUGUUAGCAGCCCUUUGCAGACGCCAUUACCAAAGACCGUGUCACCGCCCCGAUAAUGGAAACAAACACGUCCCCUUGGAGGUAAUUCCAGCGGAUGAUUUGAUUCGGGAUGGUUCCGUUACAGGGCUUAGAAGUCCUUCGAUUUGCGAUGCAACAUUAACACAACCCUUGAGGAAUGGCCCUUCACAAGAACCAUCUGAUCCCGAUAUUAUAAAAAAUCAAUAUGAAAGAAGAACAAUCCAAGGAGGAUAUAUGAAAACAUACGAACCCGCUCACACAAGAUUAGAUGAAGACAACGAAGAUGAAGCGGAUGAAUACGAUUUUCGACAUGUAACCAAAGAAUCUCAUAUACCUAAUCAAACGGUGUACCGAAGUCUGCAAAGGACGACGAGGGUCCCUGUAGUGGCAACGAUUCCAGGAUCGCACACCCUCACGCACAAGUACAGAGGUCCUGAAGUUGUCACAACAUCAAACCGAAUACAGGAAAGUUGCAUUUAAGCGAGAAAAAAAAAACGAACGUGGCCGUUUUUAUGAUGUAUAAAUAUUGAUGUAUUUAAGGAUUACAUAUUAAGAGGAAACUAAUAAAACAAGAUCUAAUAAGAGGUUUUGUGACAGAUUCAAUUCAAAGAGAAAAAUGUUUCAUGUUCAUUUCUGUCUGUUUUUAAUAAAAAAUUUCAAAACAA